AUGACAGAGCUACCGGGAAUCAUCCGGAAGGCGGCCGCCUCCAGGCAGCUGACGGUGCCAACCCCGCUAUCCGCUGCUCCACCUGAUGAGAUGACAAAACAAUCUAUAUCCAUUUUGUCUGGCAGAGGCAAAACCGGCGGAAAGGCCAGAGCGAAGGCAAAGACUCGCUCUUCCCGCGCUGGGCUCCAGUUCCCCGUCGGUCGUGUUCACAGGCUGCUGAGUAAAGGCAACUACGCACAUCGCGUUGGUGCCGGCGCCCCCGUCUACCUGGGGGCUGUGCUGGAGUACCUCACCGCUGAGAUCCUGGAGCUGGCUGGAAACGCCACCCGCGACAACAAGAAGAGCCGUAUCAUCCCCCGCCACCUGCAGCUGGCCGUCCGCAACGACGAGGAGCUCAACAAACUCCUGGGCGGAGUGACCAUCGCUCAAGGCGGCGUGCUGCCCAACAUCCAGGCUGUUCUUCUGCCCAAGAAGACCGAGAAGGCCCCCAAGUCCAAGAAACAAUCUACAUCCAUUAUGUCUGGCAGAGGUAAAACCGGCGGAAAGGCCAGAGCGAAGGCAAAGACUCGCUCUUCCCGCGCUGGGCUUCAGUUCCCCGUCGGCCGUGUUCACAGGCUACUGCGUAAAGGCAACUACGCACAUCGCGUUGGUGCCGGCGCCCCCGUCUACCUGGCGGCUGUGCUGGAGUACCUCACCGCUGAGAUCCUGGAGCUGGCUGGAAACGCCGCCCGCGACAACAAGAAGAGCCGUAUCAUCCCCCGCCACCUGCAGCUGGCCGUCCGCAACGACGAGGAGCUCAACAAACUCCUGGGCGGAGUGACCAUCGCUCAGGGCGGCGUGCUGCCCAACAUCCAGGCUGUUCUUCUGCCCAAGAAGACCGAGAAGGCCCCCAAGUCCAAGUAA